GUGACGCGCGGCCCGAGGUGCACGCAGGGCUCACACCGCCUGUCCUGGCCUCCGACCCGGGCCGACUAUGGCAGCGCUGCGGCUCCUGGCGUCGGUGCUCGGGCGCGGGGUCCCCGCCGGCGGCUCAGGGCUCGCGCUGUCCCAGGGCUGCGCCCGCUGCUUUGCCACCAGUCCCCGGCCCCGUGCCAAGUUCUACGCGGACCCGGUGGAGAUGGUGAAGGACAUCUCUGACGGGGCGACCGUCAUGAUCGGGGGCUUCGGGCUCUGCGGCAUCCCCGAGAACCUGAUCGCCGCGCUGCUCAGGACCCGCGUGAAAGACCUGCAGGUGGUCAGCAGCAACGUGGGCGUGGAGGACUUCGGCCUGGGCCUCCUGCUGGCCACCAGGCAGGUCCGUCGCAUCGUCUGUUCCUACGUGGGCGAGAACACCCUGUGCGAGAGCCAGUACCUGGCAGGAGAGCUGGAGCUGGAGCUCACGCCCCAGGGCACCCUGGCCGAGCGCAUCCGCGCGGGGGGCGCCGGGGUGCCCGCCUUCUACACCCCCACGGGCUACGGGACCCUGGUCCAGGAAGGGGGCGCCCCCAUCCGCUACACCCCGGACGGCCACCUGGCGCUCAUGAGCCAGCCCCGAGAGGUGAGGGAGUUCAACGGCGACCACUUCCUUUUGGAGCGCGCCAUCCGGGCAGACUUCGCCCUGGUGAAAGGGUGGAAGGCCGACCGGGCAGGAAACGUGGUCUUCAGGAGAAGCGCCCGCAAUUUCAACGUGCCCAUGUGCAAAGCUGCAGACGUCACGGCGGUGGAGGUGGAAGAGAUCGUGGACGUGGGGGCUUUCCCCCCAGAAGACAUCCACGUUCCUAACAUUUAUGUAGAUCGCGUGAUAAAGGGGCAGAAAUACGAGAAACGAAUUGAGCGCUUAACGAUCCGGAAAGAGGAAGAUGGAGACGCUGGAAAGGAAGAGGACGCCAGGACGCGCAUCAUCAGACGCGCAGCUCUGGAAUUUGAGGACGGCAUGUACGCCAAUCUGGGCAUAGGCAUCCCCCUGCUGGCCAGCAACUUCAUCAGUCCCAGCAUGACUGUCCAUCUUCACAGUGAGAACGGGAUCCUGGGCCUGGGCCCGUUUCCCACGGAAGAUGAGGUGGAUGCCGACCUCAUCAAUGCAGGCAAGCAGACGGUCACGGUGCUUCCCGGGGGCUGCUUCUUCGCCAGCGACGACUCCUUCGCCAUGAUCCGAGGGGGACACAUCCAACUAACCAUGCUUGGAGCCAUGCAGGUUUCCAAAUACGGCGACCUGGCGAACUGGAUGAUCCCUGGCAAGAAGGUGAAAGGCAUGGGCGGUGCCAUGGACUUGGUGUCCAGUCAGAAGACCAGAGUGGUGGUCACCAUGCAGCACUGCACAAAGGACAACACCCCCAAGAUCAUGGAGAAAUGCACCAUGCCGCUGACCGGGAAGCGGUGCGUGGACCGCAUCAUCACCGAGAAGGCCGUCUUUGACGUGCACAGGAAGAAAGGGCUGACGCUGAGGGAGCUCUGGGAGGGCCUGACGGUGGACGACAUCAAAAAGAGCACGGGGUGUGCCUUUGCUGUGUCCCCGAACCUCAGGCCCAUGCAGCAGGUGGCACCCUGACGGGACCUGGAUCUGGGCGGGGUGGUGCGCUCCUCAGGGCGGGUGCCACCGGGUUCCCCAGGGGAAUACAUGUCCUCAGCUCUGGGAGGGGUUUGCUACUGGCCUCCUACUUUCCUCCCUAGGUGGACAGUGCUCCUCUAGAGAGCUGCGACUUUAAUUAAAAACAACAGGAAAACAGA